UUCGCUUUGACAAACACUUGCAAACACUUCUAUCAAAAACACAAAACAAAGUGGAUUGCAUAUUAAUAUAUCCGCCAUUAAGGACUAUUAUAAAAGCUAAAAAAGAAAAUAACGAUUUUAAACGUUUAUACUUGGUUUAAUAUAAGUUUCAAAACAGCAACAACGUUAACAGAACUUAACAUUAUAAGCACGUAAAGCACUUAAGAAGUCAUUGGUAUUUUGGCAAUUAGGGGGCGUGAAGGUUGCGGCAUAACAUAACAAUUUGUUACGUACUUCUUAGAGAAAACCAUAUAGCGGCAGUGUAAGGAGUUUUCAUAACAGACAUGACGCCCUUCGAUGAUUUCGCGUAUCUGAUUAAUCAUGUAUUGUUGGGCGAUGAACCGACGAUCGAAGAUUUCAUACUGCUGGUGGGUACGUUGGUGGCCUUUAUAGCGUUUAUACUCUGGUGUUGCUUUCCCAUACAACCGAAGGAUGGCACCAAUCAUCGACAAUUCUCUUGCAAAUCCCUACAAAAUUCACUAGAAUCCGCACAGGUGCAUAGCAGUUAUAGCAAAUUGGCGUAUAAUGAAUACACAAUGAAAAGCGGCGGUCAUGUCUACCAUUGUUGCACUUAAUUGGCAAGGGACUACGUGUAGUCUACGUGUGUGCGUUAAACUUGAACAAUUAACAAAGUAAUACUUUUUCAAAUUUAUGCGUUAGUUGUAGCGAAGCAAAAAAUUAAGAAAAAUAGACGCGCUAAAGUAUUUAGCCUAGUAAAACAAAAUGAAUUUCAAGGAAAGAGUGAGCCAACUAACCAAAAUGCAGGUAAAAGAACACGUAAAAACGAAAAGCAAGCAAAAAGUGCUAAAGGACUUCUAUAAAAGCAUAUUUAUUAUAGUUAUUUUUAAUACAUUGAAACAAUUUAAAGCAGUCAAAGUCAGAUAUAUUGCCUAUACAUUUAAAUUAAUUUAUUUAUUUAGUAAUAGUGGUAGUAUGGCAUAAUAAGUAUAAUAUAUUAAGGUUAUAAUUUAGUUGAAAACAAAGGCUGAGCCUCGCUAAAGCGAUGUUCGUAAUGUAAAAUGAACUUUAAAUGACAAAGCAUGUUUGAUUUAAUUUUUUCGGAACAUGCAAUUUCGCUGCUAUUUGAAAACGCGUGUGUAAAUAAAAUACUACAAUAGUAAUAAAUGCAUUGAUUAAUGAAUAACACACACAAACAUACAUACAGUACAUAUAUACUACAUUUAAUACAUACACACAUAUAUACACGAUACCAAAUGAAACAAAAAAAAAAAACUUUUGAACACUAAAUAUGUCUUAAGUGUAAGGAAUUUUUUGCUGAAGGUCAUUUUAUUUAUUAUUUUAUGUUUUAUAAUUUAAAAGGCGCAUUUUAUAAGCGCAGACAACAUAUGUAUUUUUUUAUUUAACUUGUAUGUUACUUAAAUUUAUAUUAUUUUAGUAUUUAGCUAAUGUACUGAUUAUACGAACAAAGUGUGUCAUAACCUCAAUUUUUAUUACAAAGUCUCGAGAAGAAUAGUAUUUCUUUUUUAACACUGUAAAUAACCGCACAUUUUCUUCUACUUGCUUAGCUUAUUUAUUGUUUAUAUACACUUGCCUUUUAAAAAUGUUGCCUUUUUUGUUAAUAAAAUUUAAUUGAAAUAUUUUUAGAUUUAAGAAUUUGCUUAGUUAAUUUGUUUGAUAAAUAAUUUUUUAAUGCAAUUAAAAGUUAAAUGAGAAAA